AUUGAACAGUGAACAAUAGUCUCUAAGAAUGAAGUUAUGUGCCCUUUUUUGUUAUAUUUUUGCCGCUAAUGUGGUUUAUGGACAAUGGGUCAGCCGUGUUUAUUUGGAGAAAGCAGAAGAUUACUUCAAUAAUGUGGUACAGGAGACAGUACUGCGAUUGGAGCAGCGGUGUUUUAGCUCUCUUCGACUUCAAGAUGUAACGCAAACUAUAAGUCAAGAAAUGUACAAAUGGCACGUCACAGGAAACGUCACGUACACAAAUGGUUUCCUAGUAUCCAUACAACAUAUGGAUGUGACGAACUUCCAACAGGUAACGUCAACCAGCACGGUAGAGGGCGUAGCCACGAACUUCGCUACGGUCAAUGGGCGGUUGAAUAUCAGGGAUAUGAAGAUUGGUUAUGAUGUGAUUGCUGAACUGGAAGAAGAUGGAAACCAUAGAUUCACCGGGAGUUUCGUUCACACUCUGCUCUGGUACACCUUCCGUAUAUCCAAGAACUUGCACACACAAGAGAUAUCAGCCACAGUGUCACUGGAAAGUUUAAGCGGAGGACUACACAGAAUGCAAUACAUGCCCGCAAACAACAUAACUGAAGUGAUUUCUAGAACUUAUGUUCCAAGCAACAUUUGGACCAGCGUUGGCACUUGGGGUCGCGACGUCAUCCAGCCUAUUGUUUUGGACGUCGUUCAGAACCAAAUCGCUUUUCCACCAGUGUGCUUAGACUGCAGAUAAAUUAUAUAAAUC